GGUGGGAACUCCGGCCUCCAGUUGUGGCCUGGUCCAGCGCCCCACGAAAUCUCGCGCUGUCUCGCGAGAGUGUAAGUUGAAGGAACAUGGCGACGUCUAACCUGUUAAAGAAGGAAGAGUAAAUGAAGCAUUGAGGAUUAUGGGAAAAUAAUAACAGUAGAAAAAUAAUAUGAAGCGAGGCAUAAGAAUAAAGGUUCUCUUCAGUUUGAAGACAAAUGGGAUUUCAUGCGUCCUAUUGUUUUGAAGCUUUUACGUCAGGAAUCUGUUACAAAACAGCAGUGGUUUGAUCUGUUUUCGGAUGUGCAUGCAGUAUGUCUCUGGGAUGAUAAGGGCCCAGCAAAAAUUCAUCAGGCUUUAAAAGAAGACAUUCUUGAGUUUAUUAAGCAAGCUCAGGCACGAGUACUGAGCCAUCAGGAUGAUACAGCUUUGCUAAAAGCAUAUAUUGUUGAGUGGCGAAAAUUCUUUACACAAUGUGAUAUUUUACCAAAACCUUUCUGUCAACUAGAGAUUACUUUAAUGGGAAAACAGGGCAGCAAUAAAAAAUCAAAUGUGGAAGACAGUAUUGUUCGAAAGCUCAUGCUUGAUACAUGGAAUGAGUCCAUCUUUUCAAAUAUAAAAAACAGACUCCAAGAUAGCGCGAUGAAGUUGGUACAUGCUGAAAGAUUAGGAGAAGCUUUUGAUUCUCAGCUGGUCAUUGGAGUAAGAGAAUCCUAUGUUAACCUUUGUUCUAAUCCUGAGGAUAAGCUUCAAAUUUAUAGGGACAAUUUUGAGAAGGCAUACUUGGAUUCAACAGAGAGAUUUUAUAGAACACAGGCACCCUCGUAUUUACAACAAAAUGGUGUACAGAAUUAUAUGAAAUAUGCAGAUGCUAAAUUAAAAGAGGAAGAAAAACGGGCACUACGUUACUUAGAAACAAGACGAGAAUGUAACUCUGUUGAAGCACUCAUGGAAUGCUGUGUAAAUGCCCUGGUGACAUCCUUUAAAGAGACUAUCUUAGCAGAAUGCCAAGGCAUGAUCAAGAGAAAUGAAACUGAAAAAUUACAUUUAAUGUUUUCACUGAUGGACAAAGUUCCUAAUGGGAUAGAACCGAUGUUGAAAGACUUGGAAGAACAUAUUAUUAGUGCUGGCCUGGCAGAUAUGGUAGCAGCUGCUGAAACUAUUACUACUGACUCUGAGAAAUACGUUGAGCAGUUACUUACAUUAUUUAAUAGAUUUAGUAAACUUGUCAAAGAAGCUUUUCAAGAUGAUCCACGAUUUCUUACUGCAAGAGAUAAGGCAUAUAAAGCAGUUGUUAAUGAUGCUACCAUAUUUAAACUUGAAUUACCUUUGAAGCAGAAAGGGGUGGGUUUGAAAACGCAGCCUGAAUCAAAAUGCCCUGAGCUGCUUGCCAAUUACUGUGACAUGUUGCUGAGAAAAACACCAUUAAGCAAAAAACUAACCUCUGAAGAAAUUGAAGCAAAGCUUAAAGAAGUGCUCUUGGUGCUUAAAUAUGUACAAAACAAAGACGUUUUUAUGAGGUAUCACAAAGCUCAUUUGACACGACGUCUCAUAUUGGACAUCUCUGCUGAUAGUGAAAUUGAAGAGAAUAUGGUAGAAUGGCUAAGAGAAGUUGGUAUGCCAGCAGAUUAUGUAAACAAGCUUGCUAGAAUGUUUCAGGACAUAAAAGUAUCUGAAGAUUUAAACCAAGCUUUUAAGGAAAUGCACAAAAAUAAUAAAUUGGCUUUACCAGCUGACUCAGUGAAUAUAAAAAUUUUGAAUGCUGGUGCCUGGUCAAGAAGCUCUGAGAAAGUAUUUGUCUCGCUUCCCACUGAACUGGAGGAUCUGAUACCUGAAGUAGAAGAAUUCUACAAAAAAAAUCAUAGUGGUAGAAAAUUACACUGGCAUCAUCUCAUGUCAAAUGGAAUUAUAACGUUUAAGAAUGAAGUAGGUCAAUACGAUUUGGAGGUAACAACGUUUCAGCUGGCUGUGUUGUUUGCAUGGAACCAAAGACCCAGAGAGAAAAUCAGCUUUGAAAAUCUGAAACUUGCAACUGAACUCCCUGAUGCUGAGCUUCGAAGGACUUUAUGGUCUUUAGUAGCUUUUCCAAAGCUGAAACGGCAAGUUUUAUUGUAUGAACCUCAAGUCAACUCACCCAAAGACUUUACAGAAGGUACACUCUUCUCCGUGAACCAGGAGUUCAGUUUAAUAAAAAAUGCAAAAGUCCAGAAAAGGGGUAAAAUAAACUUGAUUGGACGCUUGCAGCUCACUACAGAAAGGAUGAGAGAAGAAGAGAAUGAAGGAAUAGUUCAACUAAGAAUAUUAAGAACCCAGGAAGCUAUUAUACAAAUAAUGAAAAUGAGAAAGAAAAUUAGUAAUGCUCAACUGCAGACUGAAUUAGUAGAAAUUUUGAAAAACAUGUUCUUGCCACAAAAGAAAAUGAUAAAAGAACAAAUAGAAUGGCUAAUAGAGCACAAAUAUAUCAGAAGAGAUGAAUCUGAUAUCAACACUUUCAUAUAUAUGGCAUAAUUUCUGAUACCAUGGACAAUAUUAAGAAGCCGAAUUUUGGAGUGCUUGGGCAGAAAGUUGUAACAGUUUGUGCUGGAGAGAGGUUUAUUUGGACUUUGAUUACAUAAAUCUCUGCCUUACCUUACAAAACAACUCUAUUUUGCCAAUCACAUUAGUUAGCAUGAUGGCAUUCCCUUCAUGUUGCACACUCUUUAACAGCAUGCUGUUUUGUGGAGAAACUUGCAUUCAUGAAGAGCCUGUUAUGAACUUUUAAAAGUAAAUUUGACUUAUACCCACGAGGAGAAAUACAGUUGCGAAGCGGGAGGGUGGGGUUUUUGUUCCUUUCUCAGUUUUAUUCUCUCUUAAAAAAAUGUACUUGCACAAGGAAGGAUCUUCAGAUAUCCAUGCACUGAAAAAUGCUGUUAUUGUUUGUUUUUUUAAAUGCAAUUAGAAAUAAAAAUAGCACUCGGUUUCUUUUGAUCAAAAGAGUGAGCUGGUCUACAUAACAUUGGGAGAGGGCAGAUGUAGGUGAGAAGACAAGCAUUUAAUAGUAUCAAAUUACUUGUUCAAACACUGCUUCAGUAUAGUGACUGGAUUUUAAUUGUGACCUAAAAAUGGUAUUAAAUAUUUCCAGCUUAUAAAUGUUGGUUUUCUUUAACCAGAAGACUGCUGUCUUAGUUGUUUGCUGUUAAAUGAUAAUGUUUUUAUCUUAUAGGGCUGGAGAGUUUGUUUUGAAAAAGCGAAGCUAUAUUAAUUGUUGCUUCAAAUGUUUAAAAAAUUUUAUGGUGAUGGCCAUUAGAAUUGCAGAGUCAAAAUAGCAAAACAAACAUAUUAAGUGUGUUUUCGAACACAUUUAAUAUUUAUAUACCUAAUAUUUAUUAUGCCAUAUCUAAAUUUAUUUUAAAAAUGAAGAAAUCUCCUGCUCUGAUAUAAUACAGUUAUGUAACUGAUCUCUUAAUCUGUAGAAUAGAAAUAUUUUGGUAUUUUCAAGUCUCAUGAUUAGGAAUUUAUAGCCUCAGGUUUCUGAAAAGGAAGACUCUCUUUUAAAAAGUAAUAAGUAUCAGUCACCUAGAAGGAGGAGAGAAACCACAGCGUAAGAUGACCUGAAAAGCAGAAGCAAAAUUGUUGCAAUCUUAAUAUGAGCAGUAAACUUGCCAAAUAUAUGUACAUAUAUAUUUAUAUUUUAAAAAUAAACAUUUUAAAAAUGUUUAGAAGGCAACACUUGUUCCUGUCAGUCAAUCCAAAGUAGCAACCUAAUAGUUGCUAGCAACGGAAUACCCAGAGUAGUAGAGGUUUUAAGACUUGAGGACAUGAACGCUUAAAAAAGAAAAACUUACUCCCCAUUGGGAAGGAAUGGCUCAACUUGGAUUUUUAUUCAUUGUGGUGCAUGUUUCAAACCUUCUUGCAAAUUAUUUUAUGUCUUAUUUGAUCUUCAGUAAUAGUUUAAACAUUUGGUUUUGAAGAUAGAAGAAAAUGGAGUGCUGGAGCGCCGAAAGGCAUACCGUACUAUAUUACCGGCAGAGUGCUCUCAAGGGCAGUUCAUGACAUGCGUACCCAGUCCCCAGAUGUUUUGUGAGCUGCUUGUUGAAAGGAAGGAGCAAAUUUAAAAUAUUUAAGGUUUUGUUGGCUGUAGUCAAAUGCCGAUUCUGAAACUCAUAGGAAAUUGGAAUUUUAUUAUUUAAAAUGUUAUACUUUUCCUCAAAGGAAGCAUAUGUCAAUUACUAGACCAAGCAUACUGUUCAGAAUUAAACUAAAAUUAGUGCUCAUUGUUUUUUCUAUUAAAUGACUGCUAACAAUGGGUAAAUUUGAAAUUUAGAAAGAUAAUUGUCUGACAGUGGUGGCCCUGAUGUGUAACAAAUAGUCGGUAUUGGCAUAAUUGUUACAAGAAUGCCAAAAGAAGAAAGAGUUGGGUAAAAGCAUAGGCCAUUUUUAGAAGUUUAAGGUUUGUUAUUUUAAACCAUACUUUUUCUCAGUACUUUUUUGGAAUUUCUAAUCUUCUUGGUCAUUUAAUUUAAGAAGGAGAGCCAUGAGGUUUUGACUGAUGAAGACAAAUAUAAUGCAAAAGUGGGUAACUCUAAAUCCAUAGCAGAGUUUUCUAUUGAAUUUUAUAAAUUGUUUAAUAGCUAAUUAUGUCCUGAUUGUAUUUUGUGCAACUGAACAUCAGUACCAUCUUUUUAUGCAAAUAACACACACAUUAUACUUUAUUGCCAGCUGCGCAAUUCCUUGGGUGCACUGUGCGCGUUAUGUGUGUGGGCACAUUGUUUCUGUGGGCGCAUUACUUGCGAAAACACAGUGAAUACUGUAGAAUUAGAGUUUGCAUCAUCUCUUUGUUAUGUAUACAAAAAUUUAUCUAAUUACUUUUUGGUGUUCAUGAAAACCAUUUAGUUGAAAAGGUGCCUCUACCAUUGUUCAAUUUUCUUUAAAAGUAUGUUUUGACAGUAGAUUUGCAAAUUAAAAAAACAGUAAUCUGAAAAAACAAUCUCACCAGCAAUUUGCUAAAACACACAGUCACAGUUAGCAUCCUUUUUCAGCUUCCUUUCUCCAAUAUGCACUUGAAAUUAGUGCUACCUGAACAAGGAUGAAACCUGACAUAGUUAAGGGUGAAGAAUCCAAACCUAAAAAAGUUACAUUUUUUCACUAGUAGGAUGGCAACAGGACACUUCAAAGAUAAAGCUUUGAGCACUCAUCUUCUCAUUUAAGGAUGUGCCAUCUGGAAAAUGCUAACCUUUGUUGCCAUCUCAUUGCCAGAGUAAGUAGACAUGAAACAAAAUUUAUGAAAUAAAAAUAUAGAACAGUUUUAAUGCUUACAAUGAGAUAAAUUUUAAAACAUUACUGUUCCAGUGAUUUAAUGAGAAUCUUGAAAUAAAUUCUGAAGUCUUCCAAUUUUUACAUUCAUUGAAGGGGGUCCUUAAGUUCUGUCAGCUUAUUUAUUUAGAUCUCUUGCUCUUGUUUUGAGCAUAAAGGUUAAAUUUUCCAAAACAAAAUGUUAGUUAUCUUAUUUUCUAUUAACUUUAAUACAAGAUAUGACUUGAGUUGUUAAAAAGUAUUUUGCAUUAUUUGCAGUAGAAUGUCAUUAGCCCUGCUAGAAGGGCACAUUUUAAAAAUUCAAUUUGGGUGGAAGAUUUACUAGUUUUACAGAAAGAUUUGCUAUCUUAAACUGAAGCUGGUUUUUCUAUUUUCAUGUAAAUGACUGGGAUGCUAUCUUAUCAGUUCUUCCAAGGUCAUGUUUGUGAAAUGAACAUUACACGAAAGCUUUCCUGUCAUCUACACUAUAUGUCACCAGGAGUGUUGGACACAUUUGAGUUCCAAAGUUGUAAUCUUAUAUACGAUUUUGACUGUGUGCCACUACAUACUGAAAUGAAUAUGCUGUAUAAUUUUAAUGAUAGCAGUUUCUGUAUGCAAUAGGCUGAAAUAUUUUGAUGAACUGCUUAAUUUUUUGGAUUUUAUUUUUUAAGUUGUAUAAUUUAUUUUCUUGCAAAAUAAAAAUGUAAUAUAAAAUAUUUCACCUAUCCAGGAAAUGUUGAUGUUCUCUUAUAAAACAGUUGCUGAGUUCAAUUUAAAAUUUUUAUAAUAGGUAUGUUUUUCAAAGUGAAAUAGUAAAUAUCAGUCAGCCUUACGAAUCAGAAAUAUGAAAAUUAAUCCACUUAUUUCUUUUAGAUUUUAAAUUCUAGUUCAAAAUGAAAGCUAUCAGAAUUUGGCUUUUCUGAUACCAUAUGGCUGACCUGCAUGCAAGAGGUCAGAAAUUUCAAAUCGAAAGUAAUUCGCAUUCAUAGUGUUGAUAGCACAAUUAGUGAAAAUUUAAAUUUUAUAUUGGGUAAAAGUAAAAAAUGUAAGAGAAAUUAUAUUGUUUUGGACAUUUUCAAAAAUUUUCAAAAUACCAAUUUCACAAGAAAAUUUAAUAAUAAGAUAUGCAGAUGCACAGAUAUACUUAAUAACAGUUAACUGAUCAAUUGAAAAAGUUCAUGAUCAGAAAGCCCUGACACUAGAAAACUUGAACUGGAUACAGGACCUAACUGCAUGCAGGGACUGCAUUUAAAGGAGGUCUGUGAGGGCUCUCCUAAACCGAGAGGGCGUGUCCUACACGUUUGUAUGGUCCUUGUAGUUGCUGUUGUUGCUGCUGCAGAGUCAGCUCCGACUCCGGCGACCUCAUGUACAACAACGGAAAGGGGUGCCCUGUCCUGGGCCGUAUGCGUGAUCUGGGUUAUGUCUGAGCCCAUUGUUGUUGCUGUCGUGUCAGUCCGUCUCACUGAGGUUCUUCCUUGUUUUUGCUGACCCUCUACCAAACAGGGUGUUCUUCUCUAUCCAUUGGUUUUUUCCGCUGACGUGAUUACUGACAUACCAGUUACCAAUUACCAUAGAGUCAGUUGUGACUCAUGGUGACCCCAUGUUUUGCAGAGUAUAACUGGAUUUCCUGGCUAUGACCUUUUGGAAGCAGAUCGCCUCUGGGUAGGUUCAAACUGUCAACUUUUCUAUUAGUAGCCAAGCACUUAGCCAUUUGUGCUGCCCAGGAACUCUCAUUACUACCGUCGUUGUUAGGUGCCAUUGAGCCCAUUGCGACUCAAAGCAACCCUAGGUACAACAGAACGAAACACCACCCAGUCCUGUGUCAUCCUCACAAUCGUUCCUAUGUUUGAGCCCAUUGUUGCAGCCACUGUGUCAAUCCAUCUCUUUGAGGGUGUGCCUCUUUUUCACCAACCCUCCAUUUUACCAAGCGUGAUCCCCUUCUCCAGGGACUGGUCCUAGUCAGUAAAUAAAUACUUUAUAGACAGCCUAAAUGGACAAACACCUGCAUUUGACUUCAUAAUGACCCUAAACUCAGCUCUGGGCUUUCAUUGGGAUUUGGGAGGGAAAAAAAAGUUAACUUGAAAAUGAAGGCAAAGAAGUGCAGUUUCAGUAUAAGAAUCACCUGUAAACCUAGAGAUAGACAUGUGCUUAAGCUUCUGGGCCUCUUUCAAACCCCUGGGAAGGGACUCUAACCAUUUUGCAAAUGUAAUUUUGUAUUCUUUUUUCUUAAAGAACACCCCAGAUUGUAUAAACUUCAAGUUUCUCAAAAUUUGGAUGCAGUCCUGCUAAAACUGAAUGCAAGAGGAAAGCCGUUUGACACAUAGUAGGCACUCAAAUGUGGAGCAUGUGGGCAUGAGAACAGAGUUCAACAUUUUAACGGGGGGUGACUUUGUCUUCCAGCUCCUCAUUCUAGGCUUGUCUUAGGCUGGCUUCUCCACAGAAGCAAAACCAGUGAAGUGUAUAUGUGUAUACAGAGAGAGAGUUGGAUAUGAAGCAAGUGGCUCACGCAGUUGUAGAGGCUGGAAGGUCCCAAAUCUGUGGAUCAAGCUGGAGGCUUCUCCCAACUCAUGUAGCUGCAGGGGCUGGUGAACCCAAGAUCCAGACUGCAGAGGCUAAUAGAUCUCAAGAAAGGCAGGCAAGAUGCUGGCUCAAGUCCCAAAAGCUGGAGGUCGGGUGAACAGGAGCCAGUGGGCAAGAUCCAGAGAUAGCGAAAGCCAACGAGCCUUGCCAGAAGCCACCCAGCCUUGCCAGAAACUUCCUUUCCACUGAUUGGCUACUCACAGCAGGUAUCGUGGAGGUGAUUACAUCAUUAUAUGAUGUAAAAAACAUUUUACUCUUUUUAGGAAGAAUAUCAGUUUAGAUUGGGGCAUGUUGAGGUAUUUGCUUUGUAUGUCAUCGCUAUCUUUUUAUCUUCUAUAGGAUAAUCAAUAUAAAAGAAAACGUUACGAAGGCACAAAGGUUCAAUGUCCCCAGCUAAAGAUUCAAAGUUCAGUAAUGGUUUCCCAAAAUAUGAGAAUAAUCUUUUUUUUUUUAACAGUAUUGUCUUGUGGGGGUAAGAUUGAGGAAAGCAAUGAAAUAUAAUGAUAUCAGUUCAUACCCCCACACUCCCUCUUUCUGUCCAAUUACGGGCAAAAAAGCUAACUGUUUUGUACCUUAGUUACCUUGUUAGUUAGACGGUGGAUAACAGUAGCAUCUAAUUCACAGAGUUUUUGUGAAUAUGUUGUUAGUUGCUAUCAGAUUCUCAUUCAUGGAGACACCAUGUGUGCGGCGUAACAGCUCUACAAGGUUUUCAAGAGCCUGUGACCUUUAGGCAGAAGAUUGCCAGGACUUACUUCCGAGGUGCCUCUAGGGUGCGUUUGAAUUGCCAACCUCUCUGUUAGUAGUCCAGCCCUUAACCAUUUGCGCCAUCCAGGGACUCGGAAGACUAAUAUAAUCCUUAUUGUUUAAUAAAGCUAGUUAUUAAUGUCUUCUAUUCCUAUUCUUCCUCCUACAGAAAGGCAAUUGCAAAAUUAUCUCAUCAUAAACUAAGAGCUAAUUAGAUUGCUUCAAAAUAUUUUCAUGAUUUUCCUUUGUACUUGGUGAGUGGGUGCGUCACUGAGAAGCAGGCUUAGUGAACCAAAAAGGCUCAGUUUACAGAUCAACCAACGUCCUCAAGGGGUCAGAAAG